GCGGCGGAAGCGGCGGCGGGGACGGGCCGGGCCGGGCUGGGACGGGCGGAGCGUCCUGAGGCUCCCGAGGCUCCCGCCGCCCCCGCACCAGGUCCCGCCGCCCGCAGACCGGGCCCCCGCCGCCACCGAGCCAGGCACCGGCACCGGCACCAUGUCGGUGGCGGGGCUGAAGAAGCAGUUCUACAAAGCGACCCAGCUGGUCAGCGAGAAGGUCGGAGGGGCCGAAGGGACCAAGUUAGACGAUGACUUCAAGGAGAUGGAAAAGAAAGUGGACGUGACCAGCAAGGCGGUCACAGAAGUACUGACCAGAACCAUAGAGUACCUCCAGCCCAACCCAGCUUCCAGAGCCAAGCUCACCAUGCUCAACACGAUGUCCAAGAUCCGCGGGCAGGUGAAGAACCCCGGCUACCCCCAGUCCGAGGGGCUGCUGGGGGAGUGCAUGAUCCGCUAUGGGAAGGAGCUGGGAGAGGAUUCCAACUUUGGGGACGCGCUCCUCGACGCCGGCGAAUCCAUGAAACGCCUGGCGGAGGUGAAGGACUCGCUGGACAUCGAGGUCAAACAGAACUUCAUUGAUCCCCUGCAGAACCUGUGUGACAAGGACCUGAAAGAGAUCCAGCACCAUCUCAAGAAGCUGGAAGGGAGGCGCCUGGACUUCGACUACAAGAAGAAGCGACAGGGCAAGAUCCCCGACGAGGAGCUCCGGCAGGCCAUGGAGAAGUUUGAGGAGUCCAAGGAAGUGGCAGAGACCAGCAUGCACAACCUCCUGGAGACAGAUAUCGAGCAGGUGAGCCAGCUGUCAGCCCUGGUGGACGCCCAGCUGGAUUACCACAGGCAGGCCGUGCAGAUCCUGGACGAGCUGGCCGAGAAGCUCAAGCGCAGGAUGAGGGAGGCCUCCUCACGUCCCAAGCGGGAAUACAAACCCAAGCCCAGGGAGACGUACGACUUCAGGGAGACUGACCAGUCCAACGGGGGCUUCUCCUGCAACCCCACCCCCAAAGUCUCAGCAGCUUCCGCCUCUUUCCGGUCGGACAAGCCGUCCCGGGCCUCCGUCAGGAGUAUCCCCCCCCUGGACCAGCCCUGCUGCAAAGCCCUCUACGACUUCGAGCCCGAGAACGACGGCGAGCUGGGCUUCAAGGAGGGCGACAUCAUCACCCUGACGAACCAGAUCGACGAGAACUGGUACGAGGGGAUGAUCCACGGCCAGUCCGGCUUCUUCCCGCUCAACUACGUGGAAGUGCUGGUCCCGCUACCUCAGUGAGACGGCGCCGCUCCGCCCCGAGUGUCCCGAGCUCCAUUCCAGCUCCAUCCUCGCCCUCCCCGCCUCACCUCGGGGCCAGGCGCUACCAGGGAACAAACCAGAAGGGUCCCACGGCCCCUUCCCCCCGUGAAUUUGUUGGUUUUUUGUUUUUUGUUUUUUUUUUUUCCUUUGUCCUUCUGGUGCUUGAACUUCGGUACUUUGUGCGCCCCCAGCCCUGGCCGUGCCACCGGCACUGCCCUGUCCUUGUCCCUGUCCCUGUCCCUCCCCACUUCCCGUCUUCCCUUUGGGUCCAGCGCCCAGAUGAGGCAGGUGACAGAGCUGGGAUGUGUCCUGGACACACGGAUCAGGCAGGUGACAGAGCUGGGAUGUGUCCUGGACACACGGAUGAGACUGGGAUGUGUCCUGGACACACGGCCCCGGGGCAGGGCAUCCCCAGCCCCACCCUCGCUGCCCCUGUCCCCACAGAUCUCCAGAGGGAUCCCAGAGGGAUCAGGGGAGGGGAGCUGGAGCACAGCAACACUAAAACACCCAGUGAACACUAAAGCAGCCCUGCAGGGCAGGUGCUGAGCCCUGCCUGGGGUUUGGAGCCAUCCCUGUCCAUCCUGGAGGGAGAGUAGGGAUGUCCCCUGCCCGCCUGGCCCCCUCCCCACAGAGCCCAACCCCUCUCAGCUCAGCAGGUGGGGCUGCUCCUUCUGCCCGUGUUUUAUUCCUGGACCUCAGGCUUUUCCUGCUACAAACUCUCCCAAGUCGGUCACACCUGGAGGAUCAUCUGGAACUGGGUCACCGCCCGGGGUGUCUCUGUGGUGGAGCAGAGGUCGUGGCUCCUCUGCCCAUUCCCCCUUCCCGGGGAUCCUCCUGCAGCUGGAGCUCAGCUGGCCCUCACGUGCCUUCCCUGCGCCCCCACCCUGCCCACGGCCACCCUCCCUGGGGGGCAACACACCCCCUGUGCCCCUGGAUUGCUGGGAACAGGGAUGGUUCAUCUCAGUGUCACUUCUGCCACCCCUUCUCCCUGAGCUGUGCUUUUCCUGGCCAGGAGGUGGGGACGGGCUCGGCAUGGGGCAGCAGGGCAGCGCUCGCCCCAGCGUUUGCUGGGCUCCGUGGUUUUCCUUGCUACAAAAGUGGGUUUUUCCCCUGGUGGGGCUGGGACGAGCCCCAGCCCUGCUCUGUGAGCCCCAGCUCUGUGCAGGGCUGUGCUGCAGCACCCCUGUCCCUGCUGCUCCCGGCUCCUGAUCCCCUUCUCUGUAAGGAUUUGGUCCGUGCAUGUCCACGUGUGUCUGACCCCCACGCCCCGAGCAGUGACCCCGGCCCCAGGGGGGGCACAGGGCAGCCCCCCCUGCUCCCAGCAGGGCAGGGAGCCCAAGGGACCGGAGUCCUGGGGUGUCCCCUCCCCGGUGGGACCAGGGUCACGUCCUGGGGACACCGGCUCCCGCUCAGGUGGAUUGAAACGCGUUCUGUCAGCUGGGACACCUCGCUAGAUCUUUUUGUUUGUUUGUUUUUUUGUAAUGGUUUCUCCUGGUUUUUAGGGGGAAAAAAUUGAUGACCCACAAUUCUUGACUUGUAUCUCUGAAUGAAAGUAUUAAAUGUUUUCUUCUUUCUAA